AUGGCAGCAGUGAAUGAAGAAGGCGCGUGCCUUGCCGCUUCCAAGCCCGUGCAAGGGAGUGACAAGGCUCGUCUCAGCGAGGUAACUGCUCACGGCCACACCUCGGAUUGGUUUGGUGCUGACUCUCACUUCUUGGCGAGCAUCGAAGAUAUGAUGGCCAGCAGCGUCACCGACCCCGUCUCGGUCAGUGUAGCACACUCUCCUGCCGUUGACCGCCGAGGGGUACCGAGCGAGAAACGCAUACAACCACCAAACAUCGACCUCGGUCUUGUUAUAAGCGGGCAAAUGAGUCCGAAAAGAUCCUACAGUCAGACUUUUGGCCCCAGCAAAUCUGUAUCGUCGAAGAGAGGUCCCGCGGAGCACAGCGAUACGUCGAGGACGCAGUAAGCUGGCCAAACUAAAGACAACAUGAGUCUGCCAAUUCGAAGCGUGUAUGCUAACCCUGCUGACUUCAACGCUUCGACAGUGUCAUGAGCAUUUGGGAACGACAACAAGCGGGUGCUUUCGGGUCCGCUAAGCCUUCCGAGGUAGUGUGAUGUCAGAAAUGCCCGCGCAUGCCGUCAGCGUGCUCACCGUCUUGCUUUGGCGAUCUCACAGACUCGUGCAUCAAACAGAUCGGAGCUCACCUUCUCCCAUGCCAGCGCAACAGAUGACCUGCGCAGUGAUACGGAGCGAGCAAAAAAUCGUGCAGCCUCUCGCGACAUUGAAGUAUGCGAUGCCCAGUCCAAUGUGGAGCACGUGCGCACGCCAUCUGCCCUGGUCACUCGAAAACGGCAUAGCCAGGCCGAGGUCAACAGCGCAUCAUCACGCCUUCAGCGAGCGUCGCACUCGGCUCAAGAGGAGACUGUGCCUGUUGCACAAUACCAGGCUUUGCGAGGUCGAGCUCGUCGUCCCAAGGACGAUGUCCACACUUCGGCUGCGACACCUGCCAACAGGACUUUAAAUAUGCCAUCACAGUCUCAGGUGCUUCUGGCAAGACCUGUGCCAGAAGCCAGCACCGCGACGCCCCAGAGAAAAGCACGUCCUAAAUCGCUCCUCAGCGACAUGGUCGAGCAUACUGAAAUGGAAAAGGCGGCUCUAGAAGGAGACUGCAUCGAGCUUGUGCGUGGCGAGAGGGGUCUUGCAGCAGCUGGUCUUUGCUCAUCUGCCUUUUGAGCCAAUAAACGGUAGAAACGUCUACUACAAACGUCACAGCAAGAGCUCGCAGCAACAAAAGCACUUCUUACAGACGAAAAGUCUACGCUCAGGACCAUGCUGGCGAGAGCCUCGCGGCUAUCUAAAGAGUGCGUUGACAAGACGCUCACAGCAUACAUGCUAGCGCCCUGAUCUCUCCUGCUGUCCAGAGCCGAGGCAGCAAUGUGUGAUGCAAGCAAACUGCGUGCGGAGCAGUCAGACCUCAUGCGAGACCUAAAGGCGAGCUUGUACACUAUGAAACCGACUUAACGUGAUGGCCACAGCUAACGCCGCCGUCUUUCUGCGGGUGCAGCGCCCCUUUGAAGAGGCAAAGUUGAAUCUUGAGGCUCGGACCGAACAAGAAGGUGGGUAGCAGCGGCGCUGCGUUGUGUUUCUCGACCUAUGUAAGAUUGAAGCUUAUAAUAGAACCAAAAGCUGCCUUGGCAGGUCUGUGGACAGCGUUCCAAAAGCUUAAGAGAGGAUUGGACGCCUGCAAGGAUGCUCCAGCACAAAUGAACCUAUGUGAGAGAGAUGUAAGAUAUGGGAUUGGUAGCAACCAGCUAGCUAACGCCCCGUCGCCUUCUGCGCUACAGUGCAGAACAUGCUCGCUCAAGAACAAGAGAAGGCCAAGAACGCCUUGUACGAUAAAGCUGACCUCGUGGAUCAGCUCAAGGCGGUUCGAGAUGACCUCGACAACCAACACAAAUCCCUUGCCGAGCAAAUCAGAUCGAAAGAGACCGUUUCGGACGAACUGAAUCAAGAGCGACAGCGUUUCGCAGUCAUGACGACGCGCAUGGAAGGAAUACAGGCCCAAUGCAGGUCUUGGGAGAUACAAUGCGAGGAGAAGGAUCAACAGUGAGAUGUUCGAUCUACGGUUGCCGAAAUGCUUCGUUGACCAUGAUGCUUUGUGCAGUCUCAAAGCCCUUGUCGCUGAUCAAAGCAAGCUCUCAGACGAGAUUGCGGGCGUCCUCAAAGAUAUGCGAGCAUGCGAGCAGUAUCUGAGCGUUUCUCGAGAUGAGGCCAAGGUCGUCCAGGAGCGGUGCGUACCGCAAAAAGCCAGUUGCUGAGCCGAACGUGGACUACUCAUCACGAUCCCCUUGUAUAGCCUCAAUGCUGUUCUUGUAGAGCUCGCAUCAUCUCAGGAGAAGCUGAAGACGUCGGGAUCGGAGUGUGCGCUCCUUAAUGCAGCACUGUCAGACGCCCAGCAAAGAGUCGAGGCUAUGACGAGGCAAGAGAGCACCUUGCGUGAGAAGCUUGAAGCCAGCGACAACGGCCUCAAGGUCUCGCAGAGCAGGUGAGUUGAAACUGAUUCCCACCUUGCUAGCAUCAAUUUCACACCACCAUGGUCUCGCAGUCUAGCGGCCGCGCAACGAGAAUUAGGCGAACAGGCCGUUCAAAUUGCAGUGCGUAACCUUUGGCUCAAUGCCGUGGAUCUGCGCUCACGAAACAUAAGGAUUCAGAAUCUUCAAGGGGAGUUGAACGCUCAGCAACAAGUCUUGGAAGCCCGCAGCGCCGAGGCCACGCGUCAAGUCGUGAGUGAGGCUUGUCUGCCUAUUCUUCGAUUUCAUUCGUCGUCAUCUUGGUGACGACUCCGUGGUCGGCAGGCGUCGCUGGAGAGUGAGCGCCACAUUUCGUCUCGUCUCCGAGAAGACUGCAAUGCAGCCAUCCAGGCCAGGGACGAAGCAAGGAACGAAGCCGCCGAAAGCCAGAAAGAGGUCAUCUUGCAGCAACGAACUCAAGCACAGCUUCAUGCGAAUUUCGAGUCGCUGCGCUCCGAACUUCAGGAGUCAGCGCUCAAAGCUUCCAACAUGGAAGCUCAGCUUGCCUGCGCCAAGACGGCAGAGGAUGAAGGGCGACGAGUAGCGGAAGUGCAGAACCAGCGCGUCACAGAGGCAUCAGAGCGCGCAAAAACGACGCAAAUGAAACUGGAGCAAGCGCAGUCCGAGCUCACUGCAGUCCGUGAAGAACUCAAAGAGUGCCAGGGGCGAGCGGCACAGCUCCAUGCAGACCGCACAGGUCUAGCAAACCAAAUGGCCCUCACUAUGGAGGCACUCUCUGGAUCGGGCCAGCCACAGGCUCCUGCAGCUGGCGGCUUUGAGAUGACCUUGGAUCAAGAUGCCGAUCUUUGCACUCAAUCUGGUGCCUUGAUUCUUCGUCAAUCUCAUGCAGCAGUGGAGUCCAUGACUCAAGAAAGCUUUCCUGACCGAUAUUACGCUGGGCGUAUUGUCAGUAUUUUCUCUGUCGAUUCGAUCGGGACUAUUCACGGAACUCAAACCCGCUCUGCCCUGUAUUCUCACCCCAGACGGCAUAUGAGGCGGACUUCAUGGUACAGUUCACGAAGAGCUUGGAUGAACAGCACGCGAAAGAAACGGCGAAGAAAGACAACGAGCUCAAGAGGGUAAGUAACUACAAGCGUCUGCUGUUUCCUUGACACUCACGUAAGUCUUUGCUUCAGGUCCAAAAUGAGAAUAAGACUUUGAUCAAGAAGCUGAGCGAGGUACGUGCGGGCUUGUUUGAUAUUUUUGGAUCGCUUUGAUUCAGUCGCUGAUGCUUAUGUGCCGGCGCUCGUCUAGAACCAGCGCAGAAUGGGAGCGUUUGCCGCUAGCGCCUCCCUUGUCUCAGGCCAAUGGCACGAUCCAGAAAUGCAACGCCGCCAGAUCGAUCUACCCCCUUCCGACGACGCGGAGGCCGCUGGCCAGAGAGUACGUAUCUUGCAUCCUGUUUCGCUCUCCAGGUAUUCAAGCGCUGAAGUUCAGUCUGGCCUGCUCAUUCUCAGUCGGCGGCUCACAGCCUGGUGACUCCAAUCGUGAGGUCCAGAGAAUCGAUUCACGCUCGGUACGAGAAAGCACACUCACGCCCAACCUGCGCCGAUCUCUUCACGCAGCGAGCUGAGCGCGCUGCCGAUGUUUUGAGCACUCCGACUCAGCAAACAACCGUCGCUCCAGCGCCUCGAAGUGUUCCGACUGCGGGAAACUUCCAACGAUCGGGAGCUGCGAGUCUCAGUGUGAGAAACACACAGCACGCUGUCAUCAGCAUCACCAAAAUGCCACCCUCUAGUCCUUUGUCGUCCGCUCAUUCGUCUCGGGCGUCCGUGACUAGCGAUAAUGCUACAAACGAUGACACUUACAUGACGGACACUGUGGGACCCGAUGAGAGCAUGGACGUUCGCACCUCGUCUGGUCAAGCCUCGACGCUUAGGAGAACACAAUCACAGUACCCCUUGCGCUCAAGCAUCAGGCGCCGUCCGUGA